AUGCUGGUAGAGGAUGGUGUAGCUAUAAAGGCUGGUGUAACUAGAGAGGCUGGUGUAACUACAGAGGCUGGUGUAGCUAGAGAGGCUGGUGAAGCUAGAGAGGCUGGUGUAACUAGAGAGGCUGGUGUAACUACAGAGGCUGGUGUAGCUACAGAGGCUGGUGUAACUACAGAGGCUGGUGUAAAUAGAGAGGUUGGUGUGACUACAGAGGCUGGUGUAACUACAGAGGCUGGUGUAACUACAGAGGCUGGAGUAACUAGAGAGGCUGGUGUAACUAGAGAUGCUGGUGUAACUAGAGAGGUUGGUGUAACUAGAGAGGCUGGUGUAACUACAGAGGCUGGUGUUGCUAGAGAAGCUGGUGUAACUACAGAGGCUGGUGUAGCUAGAGAGGCUUGUGUAACUACAGAGGCUAGUGUAGCUAUAGAGGCUGGUGUAACUACAGAGGAUGGUAUAACUAGAGAGGAUGGUGUAGCUAUAGAGGCUGGUGUAACUAGAGAGGCUGGUGUAACUACAGAGGCUGGUGUAACUAGAGAGGCUGGUGUAGCUAGAGAGGCUGGAGUAACUACAGAGGCUGGUGUAACUACAGAGGCUAGUGUAGAUACAGAGGCUGGUGUAACUACAGAGGCUGGUGUAACUAGAGAGGCUGGUGUAACUACAGAGGCUGGUGUAACUAGAGAGGCUGGUGUAACUAGAGAGGUUGGUGUAACUACAGAGGCUGGUCUAACUAGAGAGACUGGUGUAACUAGAGAGGUUGGUGUAACUACAGAGGUUGGUGUAACUACAAAGGCUGGUGUAACUAGAGAGGCUGGUGUAACUACAGAGGCUGGUGUUACUACAGAGGCUGGUGUAACUAGAGAGGCUGGUGUAACUACAGAGGCUGGUGUAACUACAGAGGCUGGUUUAACUAGAGAGGCUGGUGUAGCUGGAGAGUCUGGUGUAGCUAGAGAGACUGGUGAAGCUAGAGAGGCUGGUGUAACUAGAGAGGCUGGUGAAGCUAUAGAGGCUGGUGUAGCUGGAGAGUCUGGUGUAACUACAGAGGCUGGUGUAACUAGAGAGGCUGGUGUAACUACAGAGGUUGGUGUAACUACAGAAGCUGGUGUAACUAGAGAGGCUGGUGUAACUAGAGAGGCUGGUGUAACUACAGAGGCUGGUAUAGCUAGAGAGGCUGGUGUAACUAGAGAGGCUGAUGUAGCUAGAGAGGCUGGUGUAACAACAGAGGCUGGUGUAACUAGAGAGGCUGGUGUAGCUAUAGAGGCUGGUGUAGCUGGAGAGUCUGGUGUAACUACAGAGGCUGGUGUAACUAGAGAUGCUGGUGUAACUACAGAGGCUUGUGUAACUAGAGGGGCUGGUGUAACUACAGAAGCUGGUGUAACUAGAGAGGCUGGUGUAGCUACAGAGGCUGGUGUAACAACAGAGGCAGAGGCUGGUGUAACUAGAGAGGCUGGUGUAGCUAGAGAGGCUGGUGUAGCUAGAGAGGCUGGUGUAACUACAGAGGCUGGUGUAGCUAGAGAGGCUGGUGUAACUACAGAGGCUGGUGUAACUACAGAGGCUGGUGUAACUAGAGAGGCUGGUGUAGCUAGAGAGGCUGGUGUAACUAGAGAGGCUGGUGUAGCUAGAGAGGCUGGUGUAACUACAGAGGCUGGUGUAGCUAGAGAGGCUGAUGUAACUAGAGAGGCUGGUGUAGCUAGAGAGGCUGGUGUAACUAGAGAGGCUGGUGUAGCUAGAGAGGCUGGUGUAGCUAGAGAGGCUGGUGUAACUACAGAGGCUGGUGUAGCUAGAGAGGCUGGUGUAGCUAGAGAGGCUAUUGUAGUUAGAGAGGCUGGUGUAAUUAGAGAGGCUAUUGUAGCUAGAGAGGCUGGUGUAACUAGAGAGGCUGGUGUAACUAGAGAGGCUGGUGUAGCUAGAGAGGCUGGUGUAGCUAGAGAGGCUGAUGUAACUACAGAGGCUGAUGUAACUAGAGAGGCUGGUGUAGCUGGAGAGUCUGGUGUAACUAGAGAGGCUGGUGUAGCUAGAGAGGCUGGUGUAACUAGAGAGGCUGGUGACACUAUAGAGGCUGGUGUAGCUGGAGAGUCUGGUGAAACUACAGAGGCUGGUGUAACUAGAGAGGCUGGUGUAACUAGAGAGGCUGGUGUAGCUAGAGAGGCUGGUGUAACUAGAGAGGCUGGUGUAGCAAGAGAGGCAGGUGUAACUAGAGAGGCUGGUGUAGCUAGAGAGGCUGGUGUAACUACAGAGGUUGGUGUAACUAGAGAGGCUGGUGUAGCUAGAGAGGCUGUUGUAACUACAGAGGCUGGUGUAGCUAGAGAGGCUGGUGUAACUAGAGAGGCUGGUGUAGCAAGAGAGGCAGGUGUAACUAGAGAGGCUGGUGUAGCUAGAGAGGCUGGUGUAACUACAGAGGCUGGUGUAAUAGAGAGGCUGUUGUAG